CUCCAACAGAUUGACAGAUUUUUUUUCCAGAAUAGUGAGGAACAUUCUGUGAAAAGUCGCAAUUUGCAGGUCGUCAUCAUUCUAGCAAUAUACGACUCACACGACCAUAACAUUGAAGCAGUAUUAUAUCAAUAGAUUUUAGUAAGACUACGUUUGCACAAUAACCGGUCACCAUAAGUCAGUGUUCAACUCCACUCAGUUCAUCGAAGAAAACCCUAAUCAAAUCAAACGCACGCAGAUCACAAUAUUUUCACAGAUUUGACAUUUAAUUUUUCCGAAGAAAAUUAAUAAAGACAAAAACAAUCGGAUAUAAAAUUAUUGCAUCAUGCUGUCGCGUAUGUGCGUUGCGCGUUCUGCGUUUAACGUAGGCCAUACCCUCAAGACCCCAAUCCCAAAGAACUUCGUGCCCAAAAAUUAUGUGAUCAGGAAUUACGCCAGGGAACCUCGUUCCAGAGUAGCAGCUCAACAACCCACUGCCUCAUUAUGGGCCCGACUGAUGGCUCCUGCUGGGCCCAAUGCAUUCAGCCUAGGAAAAGGUGCACUGGCAGGAGCUAGUGCCAUGAGCUUAGCAGCACUCUGUUACUAUGGCUCUGGGGUGAAGCCGGGAGUGUGCACAGAAGCACACCUUUGGCCAAAGUAUGUUAAAGAUCGCAUUAAGGCAACAUAUGGAUAUAUCGCUGGUUCCAUUGCAUUGACUGCGGGCAGUGCUUACACAGUAUUUAGGACACCUGCAUUGCUGAACUUAGUAGCGAGAAAUGGUUGGAUGUCAAUCAUAGUAACACUAGGCUUGAUGAUUGGCUCUGGCAUGGUGGUUCGAGGCAUGGACUACACCCCUGGCUUUGGUGCUAAGCAGUUAGCCUGGAUGGUGCACACUGGCAUCAUGGGCGCUGUGAUUGCACCUAUGUGCUUCCUUGGAGGUGCCGUACUGACUCGGGCUGCUUGGUACACAGCGGGUGUAGUGGGCGGGCUGAGCACGAUAGCGAUCUGCGCUCCGUCGGGCGAGUUCCUGAACAUGCGCGCUCCGCUGGCGAUGGGGCUGGGCGCCGUGUUCGCCGCCUCGCUCGCCAGCAUGUUCGUGCCACAGACUACCGCACUCGGUGCAGGAUUAUAUUCACUGAGUUUGUACGGUGGUCUGAUUGUAUUCGGUGGAUUCCUGUUAUACGAUACGCAAGCUAUUGUCAAACGCGCUGAGCUGCACCCUAUGUAUGGAUUAAAGCCUUAUGACCCGAUAAACUCAGCUAUUUCGGUAUACUUGGACAUCAUAAACAUCUUCAUGCGCAUUGCCAUCAUUCUGUCCGGAGGCGGCGGCAACAAGAGGAAGUAAACGAUAUACGAAACCAGUUUAGUGAUUGAUGUCUUUAUUUGCUGUAUAAAAAUCGAACAAAAUAAAAUUGGUUGUCGACAGCAGAAAAAAAUCGACGGACAAAGGGAAGAAUGUGAUAUUGUUGGGUACUUUUAGUUUUGUAGCAGUUUAAAAUUUAUAGUCACAUGCUUGUUAACAUACUUAAAGCAUUAUAAAAUAUAACUAAAAAAACACAAGUUCAGAAUGUAACACUAAGAUAAUUUGAUAUUAAAAUUACCUUAAAAAGAUUGAACUUGUGCCAUUAUUGUAUACCACGUUGUAGUAAACGUCAAACUUGGUAAAUCACGAAUUCAGAUUAAAGCAUAAAGUAUGGUUUUACAUUAUUCCUACUGAAUGCACAAUAGUUUCGACCUGUAGAAGUGUAUUAAUUUAUUUAAUAGAGUUCUCAGUACCAUCCUA